AUGGACUCUGCUGUUCCCGCUGCUGCCGCCCCAGCCCCAGCUGUGGCCCCGGCCUCAGCUCCAGCCCUAGCGCGGGGCCCCCCGGCGCUCCUCGGCCUGGGAAACCCAUCGCCCCUUCUCUCAUCUGGACAAGUAGAUAGAAGCGAACGAGGAGCUUGUCUUUGGAGACCCUGGCUCUCCUCUACAAAUGACCUCCCAAGACAGGUGAGGAAACCUGCGGAUUUGGCCGCCGGUGGGGCGACAGGUGCUGAGGUCACCAAGGUUGACCCCGAGUUCCAUCACCCCGUCAGGCUCUUCUGGCCUAAAUCCCGCUCCUUUGACUACCUGUACAGUGAUGGGGAGAUGUUACUGCAGAACUUCCCUGUCCAGGCAACCAUCAACAUCUAUGAGGACUCAGCCAGCGAGGAGGAGGAAGAGGAGGACAAAGAGGAGGAAGAGGAGAAAGAGGAGGCAGAUGAAAAGGGGCCAGAAGGGGGUGUGAAGAUGAGCAAACUGAGGUUCGCAGACAUUAAGGCGUCUGCUCAAGGUCACGUCAUGAAUCAAUGCCUGAGCCAAGAUCUGAGAGACGACAGCACUUGCCCAGGUUACAAGAGUGAAAAGUAG